GUGAAGACCCCGCCCUCUCGAGGUAUUAUUCCUAUGACGUCACGACAGAUCAUUACAGAAGUAAACGGACAGCUCCCUGACAGAAACCCAAAUAAGUUGGCGUGUACGCUUGGCUAAUACUUCUAGGUCGUCUGUAAUCAUGCUGGGAGGAGGCUUCAAAGCAGAGAGGCUGAGAGUCAACCUCCGGCUGGUCAUUAAUCGUCUCAAACUCCUUGAGAAAAAGAAAACCGAACUUGCGCAAAAGGCAAGGAAGGAGAUCGCAGAUUACCUGUCAUCAGGAAAGGAUGAGCGGGCUCGGAUCCGUGUGGAGCACAUUAUCAGAGAAGACUAUCUGGUGGAAGCCAUGGAGAUCCUGGAGCUCUACUGUGACCUGCUGCUGACUCGCUUUGGCCUCAUUCAGUCUAUGAAGGAACUGGACCCUGGUUUACAGGAGGCAGUGUCCACCCUCAUCUGGGCAGCACCUCGUCUCCAGGCAGAGGUGUCUGAGCUAAGAACUGUAUCUGAGCAGCUUUGUGCAAAAUAUAGCAAGGAGUACGGCAAGCUGUGCAGGACAAACCAGAUUGGGACAGUCAACGAUAGGCUGAUGCACAAACUGGGUGUGGAGGCCCCUCCUAAGAUCUUAGUGGAGCGCUACCUGAUAGAGAUUGCCAAGAACUAUAAUGUGCCAUAUGAACCUGAUGCCAUGGUCCGGCCGGAGGUGUCUCCUGGAGAGGAGGCAGACCUGAUUGACGUGGACACUGACAGGAAGUCUGGAAGAGGAGGAGGAGGUAGUGGUGGUGGUGGUGGAGGAGGUGGUAAUUUCACUGCUCCUCCUGGUGCUUAUCCUAUGCCCAUGCCCAUGCCAACAGCUUUCAACUAUCCAUCUCCUAAAGGACCCGAACCGUAUAACAAUCCCGUUGGAACCUACAACAACUUCCAGCACCCUAUGGGAGGAGGGCAGCCCCCUCAGCUGCCCUCUUGUCCCCCCACGUACGAGUCUAUUGAUGACCUAACUGGCAAGCCAUCUGUUCCUUCCCAGGCUGUAGGUCCUGGCCCUUCAUCUCAGCUAUUUGACAACAACGCUCUCCCAGAACUCCCAUCUGUUCCCGACACGCUCCCCACAACUUCCUUCGGCAGAAAUGCCACCACCUCAGAUGACAUCGACUUUGAUGACUUAACGCGGCGGUUUGAGGAGCUGAAGAAGAAGACCUAAUUGCUUUAUCCCUGGUCUACUCACACACACACACACACACACACACACACACACACACACACACACACACACACACACACACAGAGAGGUGCUGUCAUUGACGCAGCUCAAAACCGGAAAUGAUUGGUAGUUCUUGCCCUUCCACAGUGAAGUAAUCUUGCAUAGAAAUUAAACAUUUAGUCUUACCUCAUUUAUAUAAAUAUGACUGUGGCAGUUAGCAGAAAUCUUAUUUCUGUUGACGGUAGCAGUGAGUUUUAAUUUCUUUUGGGCACAUAAUGUAUAUACAUACAAUCAUGUGGGUUUUGACUCCUGUUCACUACUCUUUAAGUUCACACAGACUUUUAACUUUUCCAGUUUGUUUAUUUAAUGUACUAUUUAACCAAACUUAGAUUGAAUUUGUUGCUUCUCCCUGGGUUUUUGGGGUGGAGGAGGGGAUGAAUAAAUAAUUGCAGGACAUGCCUUGAUUGUGCUUUCCACAUGCUUCGCUUUGAUCUUUGCCACUGUGUCCUGAGUCCAGUCUCAAAGUAGUCAAACAAGCCAGACUGGCCGGCCCAGUUUGACGGGGAGCCGGCUGGAAAUUGUUUUCUGAGACGAGACGCCAACAGCCUGCACUUUUUUCUUUUUUUUUUUUACAUAAAGGUAUGAAGAAAGAUUGACACCACAUUUUCAGUGACUUGAAGUGCUGCUUACACUUCAAGGUUCAUCCAUACCAGGAAAAAAAAAAGUGUACUGUGGGAGUCCUCUUGGGAAAGUCCACGGUGACGCAUGUCUAACCUGUUACAGGGGUGGUGGGGUGAUAAAACUGUAUGAAAACCUGUAAUAUUUUACAUUGAUAUAGAUGACAUAGUGACAGUUAAACUGUACAGGAAAACAAACAAAAAAUCCCUUUUGAAUCUCUGUCUUACCAAAUGCCUGCACCAUCUUAACGUUAAAGUACUUCAUUUACAAGCCAAUGUGUGCAAAGAGAGCAGCCACACAACCUCAUUUGAUUGAUUAGAUGUAAAUAUUGACCCCAGAGGGGUCAAUAUUUACAUUGUGUCUUAUACUUUCUCUGCACCACUGCAUUUGCCUUAGGUACCAUUUAUUAUCAGAGGCCUUGCCAGUCUGUCCUAUGAUUAUGUAUUUGUUUUUCAUCAAGCUAUGUUAUGUCUGGGUUUUAUUUAAUUAGAUUACAAAAUUUCCUUUGCCCAUAAACAAUCCUCUAAAAAGAGAGGUUGAUUUCCCGUGGAGAAAUGGGAGUCAGAGGGGUUUUGUUGUCGGACAGACGUGACGUGUCGCUGCAACCUAACCACACCCAGCUCUGCUUGCAUGGCAAAUGGGCGGUGGCCUUGAAUACAAUGAUUCAGCAAUAUCUGGAAAACAAAUAAGGCUUUCCUGUUGGUUGAGGAAAUAGAGAUGAUUAACACUACAGAACUGUGAUCUGCUGUCUUUUCUAUGAUAGACUGUUCUUUCAUGCGAAACAUUGACACUUCGUGUCUUGUUGCAAAAAAAUAGUUUUUUUCCACUGUAUACUAAAAUAACAAUUUAAUAAAAGAGUGUUUGGAACUGGAA